AUGUCUACUUUUGCUGUUUUAGAUGGUGCAUUUGUUUGGGAGUCGGACGGAGCUCACAGUGGAGAAGUUCUGAAUAAUGGACCGCCGCCUCCACCUCCACCACCAAAUGGUGGACCUCCUCCUCCAGAACUACCAGGCCCACCUGGAUCACCUAGUGCCGGAAUCAUUAGUCCUCCAUUCAGUCCACAAGGUUUCGGCUUUAAUGUGCGGGGCGGUUUCAGUCCCCGCUUCGGAUUCGGACCACAAUUUGGUUCUGGAAUAGGCUUCCAACCACCUCCUUUUGCAUCGUCUGGAUUUGGAGGACAACCCAGGGCAUUUGGAUCGCCAUUUGGAGGACCUGGCUUCUCUGGACCAGGUGGAUUUGGAGGGACAGCAUUUCCAGGAUCAGGAAUCGGAACUGGAUUCAAUUCCAGAUCUGGACUAUUUGGGUCUCCUUAUGGUUCUCCUGGAUUUGGUAGUUUUGGCCAAUCUGGUUUAAAUGGAUUUGGUGGAUCCGGAUUCGGGUUAAAUGGACUUGGAGGAUCUGGUUUCGGUUUAAAUGGACUUGGUGGAUCGGGUUUCGGUUCAAAUGGACUAGGAAAUUCAGCUUAUGGUGGAUUUGGAAGUCCGGGGAUUGGUGGUUUUGACAGUGGAUUUGGAGGUGGAUUUGGGUCACCUGGAUUCAGUAGUUUCGGGGGUGGGUUUGGAAAUAGAUUAGGUGGAUUCGAUAGUUUUGGAACUAAUACCGGAAUCGGUUUUGGUGGGAAUGGCUAUGAUAAUACUAUUGGAUUCUCUGGAAGCGGAGCGAUUGGACCAAUCGGAUCUUCAUUUGGAAGUGGAUUUGGUUCAGGAUUCGGAAGCGGGAUUGGUUCUGGAUUUGGAAGUGGUAUUGGUUCCGGUUUUGGAAAUGGAAUAGCUUCGCCUUCACUAGGUGGCGGGUUCGGUUCUGGUUUGGGAAGCGGUUUUGGAUCUCCAGGAAUUGGAAGUGGUUUAGGGACCAAUAUUUACAAUAGUGGUAAUGGAUCUCCGGUAUUUGAUGCCACGGGUUUUGCUGGAAAGUAA